CGCUGACGCUGACGCCGCCGCAGCCGCCACCACAGAGCCGGGUCAAGAUGGCGGCGCCCGCGGUCGUCCGGGCCUUGAGGGCACUGCCCCACAUCUGCGCUGUCCCCAAUGGCACCCGGCAGCUGCACAGCAGCCCCCCCUGCCUCAAGGCUCGUGCCGCGCGGGUGCGCGUGGGGAAGGGGGACAAGCCGGUGACGUACGAGCAGGCCCAUGGGCCCCACUACAUCGGGCACCGCAAGGGGUGGCUCUCGCUGCACACCGGGAACCUGAGCUCGGAGCUCGGGGCCGCGCAGCGCGUUCUGGAGGACGCGUUCGUGCGUCGCUUCCUGCGCGGGACGUUCCCGGGGGCGCUGCUGGCCCCGCCCGUGCUCCGGCGCCGCGGGCGCGCGCUGCUCGUGAGCGCGCAGGUGUCGCGCGCGCUGCCGCCCGCGCGGCUGCUGUUCCUGCAGGGGUACUCGGAGCUGCUGCUGAGCGCGCUCCACUCCUGCCCCGUGCGCAUCGAGAUCACCACCCUGCGCGCGCCCGCCGUAUACAAGCACCUCUGAGCGCGUGCACGAGAGCACACACGUGACUUCACACGUGACCUCACACGUGACACCCCACGGGGAUCGGACACACCAAUGUACCACUCGUGUUUGUGACUUAAAGAGACCACGACAA